ACUCCUUUUUCGCUAAACCGUUUUCUAGUUGGGCAUGGCUACUCUGUUGCGUGUCGACCCACCAAAUGAACUUGUUUUUAAUGGACCCUUUACCGAAGUUACUGAAAAAGCUAUUCACCUCUUCAAUGUGUCGGAAAAGGAUGUAUGCUUCAAAGUAAAAACAACAGCACCUAGAAAGUACUGCGUUAGACCCAAUAAUGGAAUUAUAGAAGUUGGCAAACAGCAGGAUGUCCUGGUGCUCCUUCAGCCAUUUGAGUAUGACCCACAGGAUAAAAAUAGACACAAAUUCAUGGUCCAAUGCAUGGAGCUAACACCAGAAGAAAAGGCGUCUUACGAAAACAACACAGAAGCACUAUUCAAAGAAAUUGAAAGAAACAGCCCCGACCGAAUUCUGGACACAAAGUUAAGAUGUUCUUUCGCCGUCCCCCCUCAAAAUGGGUCUGGCACUGAAAAAAGCAGUGGAGGUGCAGCAAAUCUUCCCGAAUUGCAGCGACUGGAAACCGAAGUGUCGCAGCUGAGGCAAGAGUUAUCAAAAAGCAAGGAGGAAAAUGCACGACUGAGUCAAACCAAUGCGUCGCUCCAAUCUCAAAUUAGUCAAAAACCAGAGCUGGGAUCCAGUUCCAAUGGCCAGAAGUCCAAAAGCCCCCUGGCUACCAUCUUGCUCAUAUUCAUCGCCCUCUGCUUCGGAGCAGCGAUAGGAAUAUGGACGGCGCCUAUCGUGGCUGGAGAUCUGUGAAUGUCUUAUAUGGACUAAUGAUGAAAUUUAUAGUUUUACAAAGCCCUAAAAUGGCGUCUUUUGUUAUACGGCCCAAAAAUAUAACAUGCAUUUGUAAAUUUCAUCUUUGAAAUUGUUCCCGCUUUGUUCUGAAUGCGUGGAACUAGAUUUUUAAAAUCGCUUUAAUUUUUAAAGGCUUAAAACAUCAACUUUGGGCCGUAUAACAGGAAAGACCCCGAAAAUGUCCUUUUUCAACUUAGAAAUGCAUCAAUGGUGUUACAGCACUGACCUAAUCAACCUGUACUUUGUUUUGACCCAAUGCUACGAUGUUUUUCCGCAUUUUGUUGUACUUCAAUUAUUUAGUCUGAACUCAAAUUAACAGUCGAAUUGAAGUGCAACGCCAACUAAUUAUAUCGUUGAACUGAACUACGUAUUUUAUUUGAAUCAUAACUCUCAGCAAUAAAUUCGAAUGUCCGGCUAAAAGUAGUUUAAGAAUGCCCAGUUAUAUGAUGUCCAGAUACGUUUUUAACGUGGUAUUUUUCAGAGUGUUAUAUUUUUCAAUAUUCAAUUUUCUCAAUCUGUGAAUACUAAUAGUAUGUAAACUUGGCCGCGAAAAUAUUAUUUUGAAGGCUUUUGUAGCACCGUUAAAUCAAUAUUCGCGAAUGGAUUUGAUUUAAUUCGAGAAGCAUUGUAGUCAAUUUAAUACAAACUGAAAUAAACAUGCUGUAAAAUAGUUCUGAGGCUUUUGUGGGGUUGGGUCCCGCUUAAUUUUUUUUCACUUUUUCAGAAUUUUGAGCAGUUUUCGUCAUGGGGGCUUUCAGUGUUUUUAUUUGAGAAUUGAAAUGAUUGACCCUUAGUGAGUAGGAGGCGUUAUGUACUUGUUACGACGUAUGUAUUAAUUUAUUACUGAUAAUGGAUGGUUUUGGAACGCAAAUGUUCUGUCAAUAUAAAUUGCAAGUCGAAUUGAUGUCUUUGAACAUUU